AUGGAAUAUGAUUGCAGUUGUGGGAAUAAUUAUUUAUUCGUGGAUCCCCUGUGUCAAGGAGAAGUGAUUGAGAAGCUGGAAACUGCCAUUGAGGGCAUAAUUACGGAGAGAAAUGAAAAAGCCGAAGAUUCAUUGGCAAUUAUUAAAAUGGUGCUAAAAGGUGUGUCGUCAAUUUCAAAAUUUAUGCCUGAUUUUGGAGAGAAUUUCGUAACGUCGCUGGAAAUGGACGUCCCCGUAGAUGCGGAAGAUAUUCCUUACUUUGUGGAAAAUCCCCUUCUAACUGAUCUUCACGAAUACGUUCAUUGGAACCAGAGCACAUCUACAGAAUCUGCUGAUUGCGAAAAAUGCGAAUUGAUUGAUCACAAAAUCUCAGUAAUACUGAGUUUUGGAUUCUUUCUUCUCGGAAUGUGUCGCUAUAGUGAAAGAGAUUUGAUCAAAAAGAUAAUUUACCUGUUGGCCCCAUUUCGAAGACGACACAGGGAAAUUGAUAAAUUUUACGACAAAGUUUGGAAGCUCUCUAUCGAGAGUAAAUUGUGUUCAUCACUCUACAAUCACAUUGUGACUUUUUACUGCCAACCAAUUGAGGAGAUUCUCAGUGACCUGAUUAGUAAACUAAGCACCAAGGAAAUGAGCAUCACAACACUGCCAUAUGAAGAAUCAUAUCGAAAUCUCCUGAAAGCCGCUAGAAAAUCCAAGAAUGUUGUGUGUUUUGUUACGGAGAACAUCGCUCAGAGAUUUAUGGAGACUCGUAUGUUAAUUUUAAGGGACUUUUUGACGUAUUUUGUAAGUGAUUUGAAAGAAACUGUCCUCCCGUCGAUUUUUGUGAAGCUCUUCAGUGAUAAUUUGUUGCCAUUUGCUGCAUUUGUGCUUGAAAAUUACAAAGAUGAGCCGUUUAUACAGCAUCACGUUGAAAUUCUCAAGUCUGUUGACUAUAAAAAGUACAUUGAACUCGGUAUUUCGCACGAAAAGUUUCAUUAUUUAGUUGAAAAUCUUGUUUUGAAAUAAAUUAUUGUUUAAAUUA